AUGAACGUCACGUUGAAGUUGCACCAGGCUGUUAUCGCCCGUCGGCCAGCUCUUCGCUGGUCGAGCUCGGUUCUCCGCCGCACCACAACUCCAUGGCGCACAUACUCCAGUACACCGGCGGACGAUACCCUGCCCUUGAAGGGCGUUCGGGUGCUUGAUAUGACGAGAGUUUUGGCUGGUCCAUACUGUACACAGAUUCUUGGAGAUUUAGGAGCAGAUGUUAUUAAAAUUGAACACCCAGUGCGGGGCGAUGACACUCGCGCCUGGGGACCGCCAUACGCCAAAUACCAGGAUGAGUCCCGACAAGGUCCUGGCGAAAGCGCAUAUUAUCUAGGGGUCAACCGCAACAAGAAAUCCUUAGGACUGUCAUUUCAACACAAGUCGGGCGUGGAGAUCCUGCACCGCCUUGCGAAAGAAUGCGACGUUCUCGUCGAGAACUACCUCCCCGGAAGUCUGAAGAAAUAUAAUAUGGACUACGAAACCCUGCGGGAGAUUAACCCCAAGCUGAUCUACGCGAGUAUCACCGGAUACGGCCAGACGGGCCCGUACAGUAACCGGGCUGGGUAUGAUGUCAUGGUCGAGGCGGAGAUGGGCUUGAUGCAUAUCACUGGGGCCAGGGAUGGGGAUCCGGUGAAGGUUGGUGUGGCGGUUACGGAUUUGACGACGGGGUUGUAUACAUCUAACGCGAUCAUGGCGGCGCUGCUGGCCCGCAUGAGAACGGGUAAGGGUCAACAUAUCGAUGCUUGCUUGAGCGAUUGUCAGGUCGCGACGCUGGCGAAUAUUGCUAGCUCUGCGCUGAUUAGCGGGGAGAAGGAUACUGGAAGAUGGGGGACCGCGCAUCCUUCCAUUGUUCCAUACCGGAGUUAUCAGACGCUGGAUGGAGACAUUCUCUUUGGCGGCGGGAACGACAGACUGUUCGGUGUGUUGUGCGACCGUUUAGGACACCCCGAGUGGAAGACCGAUCCUCGGUUUGUUACCAACAGUGACCGUGUCAAGCACCGACAGGAGAUCGAUGGUCUCAUCGAGGAGAAGGUCAAACAAAAGACGACACAAGAAUGGCUGGAGAUCUUGGAAGGCAGCGGGAUGCCAUAUGCCGCCGUCAAUGAUAUUCAAGGGACCCUCAACCAUUCUCACGUCCAAGCGCGUGGAAUGGUCACCGAAGUCGAUCAUCCAGCAUGUGGUCCCAUCAAGCUAGUCAACACGCCGAUUAAGUAUUCCCAUGCCACUCCUGGCGUGCGGACGCCGCCCCCAACCCUUGGCCAACACACGGACGAGAUUCUUGGGGAGAUCCUCGAAUACGGACCCGCGGGGCCACCUUCAAUGGGAGCCCCAGCACCACCGCAAGAUUCACUACUACUACUACCACCACCACUGCCUUCACAACCCCAGCCUAUAGCCCCGGCGGCUAAAGAUUCACCCCCAUCCGCUAAGCGCAAGAGAGCAGCAGGUGGUCCACGCCAACGAAAAAGUACCACCAACGGACCUAAGCGCAAGAAGCGCCGGCGUGGUAACGACAGUGAUGGAGAAGAUGUCAUCCGAGCAGGAGACUCGAGCUCCGAUGAAUCUGACGUUGCGCCGACGGCGACACAAACUAAAUCUGGUCGGCAGGUCAACCGUCCUUCUUUAUAUGUACCUCCGUCCGCGUCACCGACGGUUGCCAAGGACAGCAGUAACUCGCUGGACGCAUCGGAUACCACUCAACGGCAGGGCGCGGCUGCUCGGAAACGUAAGCGGGUGUAUCGCAAACCAAAGGAUGGCAUCGUCAGUUGUAUCCACUGCCAGAGGGGACAUAGUCCGCAGAGCAACGCUAUCGUCUUCUGUGAUGAGUGCAAUGGGCCCUGGCAUCAGCUAUGUCAUGAUCCUCCGAUUGACUCGCAGGUUGUCACCGUGAAGGAAAGACAAUGGGUCUGUCGGGGAUGCAAGCCCGUGCCGAUCACCAUUGUCCAGCCGACGGUUGUUCGGAGCAAUCCUAGUCUCACGGGUCCGUCGUUAGGUCCUCCCGUGCAUGUGCCGUUAAUAAUGCCCAAGACGGAAGUAGGAGGGGAAGGCUUCUCGGCCGAUGAGCGACGGGGCUUUCUAUCGGGGUUGUCGCAUGCGACUCUUGUCGAACUACUGGUCACUUUGUCCGACCAACACCCGGCGAUACCCAUGUUUCCUAAGAAUUUAAAGACUCUCCAGUCGAAGUUCUCAUUCAAGCUGAACACUGCGGCGGUGCCCACUCCAUCCUCAACCUCCUCGAAUACCCCAACCAUCACUAACUCGAUCCCCCACGCUUUAACCAAUGGUGUAGACACGGCCCGGCAAAAGUCAGGUGUUACUCCCGAAUUCCUGCCUACUCCUUCUUCCGCGCCCCAAACGCAGCAUGACGACCUGUCCGAGGAGUCCGAGUAUGAAUUCUCAGAGCACCGCCUGUACCCGCGUGCCGGGAACGGAUUCCGUUUGUCGACGAAUGCCGACGACAUGGAUAUUAUGUUUGAAGACGCCUCAUGUCGCACGUUCAGCUACGCAUUACACGGACCGGCACGGGUUCGAGCGCAGGCGAACCAAGUUGCACCUAUCUGGGGUUCGUGA